UCACAGCUUGAGAAAUGUAACCGCAAAGUCCGUUUCUGUUAUUUACUUGUCCGCGUUUUAGUCAGUAGUUUUUGACAAGAGUUAUCUUUCGUAACCUACUGGCAUGUGCGCAGUGCAAAAUUACUUUCAACUUCUUUCCUAGGCAUCUUCGUGGCCCCAUGGUGUAAGUCUUAAAUAUAUUUCAUAGCUUAGUAAAGAAUACUGUUUAAUCUUUGUUUCUAGACAUAAAUGUGCAAUGAUGAUGCAUUAUAUCUACUUCAAAAUGUAAACUUGAAUCUCAAGCUUUGAGGCCAUGCUUGUUGUUGUGCAGAAUUCUUCAUGUAAAUUUACUUGUAGUCAAAUAUUACCGGUUGUUGUUCAGUAAUGGUCAACAUGUUGAUGUUUAAAAGUUGAAACACUAUUUAAACUGUGUCUCUCGUGAGAUGUUUAGUAAAUCUUUUAAUUCGGUGUAUUUCUUGAGAAGCUUGAUAUUCAAGGGAGAUAGUACUUGCUUAACCCUGUCCGUGGGAUUUGGUCUUGCAGAAGUUGCCUCCCUUGCAUCGUUAUUAACCAUCUAGCUUUAUUAUUUGUAUUUAAACAGAUCUUGUAAUGGGAUUUACUUGUAAUUUGAGUAAAGAUUAUUUGAUCUGUUGUUCUUAGCCCUUAAUGUGUUAGAUUAUUGUUUAGUAUGAUGUUCAUUUACAAUUAACAGUAAAUGGAUUUAAUAUUGAAUAGAAAGUAGUAGAUGAUGCUUUUGCAGUGUGCUGUGGAUUUAUGUUGUAAACAGGAUAGAUCUCAGUUUAGUGUUCAUUUAAUACUAGAAUAUGGGAUCUCAUCUGUUCACUUAUAACAUUUAGACGGUUAUUACUUAUUCUAACACAGUGGGGGCUAACGGCAGCACAUUUCCAUUUUCUUUUACCUGAGUGGUAAUUCCAGUGUUUGUAUUUUCAGCUUUUUACUAUAUGAAUAAAGACUAUCUGUGGAACCAUCGUUGACAUUAAUGCAGUCAAAACUCGGUGACAGAACAGUAAAAAGACCACGACCUAACCACAGCAGCGAUGUCGUUCAGAAGCGAGCAGGACAAGGGAGAGGACCAAGGCAGUCUAACCCAGGAACAAGGUCUAGAGGAAGUAGAAACAUCUGAAAGAAGAUUAAGAAAAUUGACUGAAAAAGGAGAAGAAUUGUUUGAAACAAAUAAAAAUAAAUAUGUAAACAAACUAUCACAAAUCAAAGAAAACAUCAAAGAAAUAAUUAGAUUACUGGCUGAAAAACCUGACGCGGAGAGAACUGUAAUACUUCAAUAUAGAUAUCAGCUAUCAGAAUUCAGAUCAGCAUAUGAGACCGAAUCAAAUAAGUACAUUCAGUUUUUAAUAAGCACAAAUACAGAGGACAGUUUGAGGGAGAAAGAAGCUGAGAUAAAGAUUCGCGGACACUUGGUAGACAAUGUUGAACAAGUUAUGGAAGAAAUAAAAUUCUCCAUCCAACAACAACGUUGGGAGAUAGAAUCCGCACGGUCUUCAGAUAGCCAUACUUCUAGUGUUAAAUCUAAUGUGAGUUCAAGACUAGCUAAGCAAAAAGCAAAAUCAGAAGCUGCAAAGGCAACAUUAGCAUUUAAGAAAAGACAAAUAGAAAUUAUUAAACAGAAAGCAGUGUUAGAGGAAGAACAAAUUAGAACCAGGGCAGCUGCUGAAAGAAGGAAAACAGAACUUGAAGCAGAUAUAGAACUGUUAGAUCAAGAGAAAGACGCCUUUGUGUCCAAAGUAGAGUAUGAUACUUAUAGAACUGAAAUUGAAAAAAAUGGCCCUAGUGAACAUAAUGCAACUUUUGUGAAGUUUCCGGUUAUGGACAAAACUGACCAGACAGAGAAAUAUGUUCAAGAACUUUCACGCGCCGAAACCCAUCAUCUAAAGCCGAAUGCGAUCGAUGCGAUCGACACAGAUAAGAUACCAGUGAAACAUGAAGUGAUAAAAAACAAUCAUACAGUUUUCAAUCCUAAUUCGCCUCCAUUUGUACCUGCAGGGCAAGAUUUGGCGAGAUAUCUGAUGAAAAAAGAUCUAAUGGUUCAAAGACUAAGCAAGUUUGAUGAUUGUCCCGAAAACUUUUCAGUGUGGAGAUCUACUUUCCGUUCUGUGGUUGAUGAACUAUGUCUCAAUCCCUCAGAAGAAUUCGAUCUUCUUCUGAAAUGGCUAGGACCAGAGUCGAGAAAAAGUGCCGUGAGUCUUCGCGCAGCAAACACUAAUGACCCCGCUAAAGGCAUAGAAAGACAUUGGUAUAGGUUGCAUGAAAGAUAUGGUUCACCAGAGAUGGUGGAGUUUGCUUUGAAGAAGAAAUUAGAGAAGUUUCCGAGGUUAGGCAACAGAGACAAUAAGAGAUUAUUUGAAUUGUCCGACAUUCUUUCAGAAAUAGAGUCGUGCAUGGAUGACCCAAGGUAUAGUGUGCUUCUCAGCUACUUCAACUCCUCAUCUGGCGUGUUGCCUAUUGUGACGAAGCUGCCGUACCACCUCCAAAGCAAGUGGAUGUCGCAAGCUACGAGAUAUAAAAAGGGGCAUGAUGUGACAUUUCCUCCUUUUUCCGUAUUCUGUGAGUUUGUCCGAGAAAUGAGUUCUAUGUUGAAUGACCCAGGGCUCGCAAUUUCUACAGAUACAAGAGACACCGGAGACAAAAAAGGUUUCAAGGCUAGCAGUGCUGUGGCAAGUGUUUCCAGGCAAGUCGCUGUGAAUGUUAGGAAGACCGAUGUUAAAGAAUCCGAGUCUACGCAGAAAUUUGUAUCUCCAGUGAACUGCCCAAUACACAACAUGAGACAUUCGCUAAACCAGUGUAGAACUUUCAAAAACAAGACUAUGGCAGACAGAAAGAAAUUCCUACGUGAAAAUAGAAUGUGUUAUAAAUGCUGUGAGACUGACACUCAUAUUUUUAAGAACUGCACAGCUUCAGUUAAAUGUGAAAUUUGUGGCAGUGAACGCCAUCCAGCUGCUCUUCAUCCUGAUGAACGCCAGGCAGAAAGAAACCAGUCACCCUACAAAGCUCAUGGCAGGGAGGCGCAGGAUGAACGCCAGGCCGAAAGAAACCAGGCACCCUACAAAGCUCAUGGCAGGGAGGCGCAUAAUGAACAGACUGAUAGUAAAAACAGGUUCCAGGAAAAGGCGGUGGCCUCAUUUUGCACAAAUAUUUGUGGCAAAGAGUUCGGAGGAAGAUCAUGUGCAAAAAUUGUACCAGUAAAGGUUUAUCCCGGGUCAGAAAAGGAAAAAGCAAGAAAAAUGUAUGCGAUUUUGGACGAUCAAAGUAAUAGAACACUUGCCAGACCUACCUUUUUUGAUGCUAUGGAAGUCUCUUCAGAACAAGCUGAGCCAUAUACCUUAGUAUCCUGUGCUGGAACAUACCAAACAGAAGGAAGAUAUGUGAAGGGAUUGACUGUUUCAGCCAUAGACGACAGUGUGGUGUUUCCAUUGCCUGACAUAUUAGAGUGCGACGAGAUUCCGAAUACCCGUUCUGAGAUCCCUUCGCCUGAGAUCUCAAGGUAUCACCGCCAUCUGAAAGAUGUAGCCAUUCCAGAUCUAGAUCCAGAAGCAGACAUACUUCUUCUGAUCGGCCGCGAUUUGCCAGAGGCACAUCACAUCCAUGACCAAAGAAUAGGUCCGAGAAGUUCCCCCUUCGCCCAGAAGCUAAGCUUAGGAUGGGUCAUCGUUGGCGAUGUGUGCGUGGGAAAAUCGCAUAAACCAGACAUAGUGAACGUAAUGAAAACGCGUGUACUCGAAGAUGGUCGUCCGACCAUAUUUCCCCAGUGUAAUUACAAGUUCGAAGUCAAAGAUCAUGACAGAAUCCCAAUAGAUGUUGACGCUAAUGUGUUUGCAACAACGAAGUACGACAACAAGCCAGGCCUGUCCACAGACGAUAAAGAAUUCCUGAAGAUCAUGGAUUCCGAAUUCAAGAAGAAUGAAGAUGGUCAUUGGUCUGCCCCGUUGCCAUUCAGAGAGCCACGCCCGAGACUGCCAAACAACAAGCCACAAGCGCUGAAGAGGGCUUUAGCUUUAGACAGCAACUUGAAGAGAGAUCCUAAAAAGAGACAACACUUUCAAGAGUUCAUGGAUCAAUUGUUUCAGAAUGGCCAUGCAGAGGUAGCUCGACCACUGGAAGAAAGUGAAGAAAGAUGGUACUUACCGGUAUUUGGGGUAUAUCACCCAAAGAAAAAGGAUCAGAUCCGAGCCGUGUUCGAUUCAUCAGCAAAGUUCGAAGGCUUGUCGUUAAACAAUGUACUUCUUAGCGGUCCAGACCUCGCAAACAGUCUAAUUGGUGUUCUGAUGCGGUUCAGAGAGAAGGCAGUAGCGAUCACAGGAGACAUCCAACAAAUGUUUUACCAAUUCCAUGUGCAUGAGAGCAACAGAAACUUCCUCAGAUUUCUGUGGUACAAAGAUAAUGACAUUGACAAAGAGCUGAUAGAGUACAGAAUGUGUGUCCACGUAUUUGGCAAUUCUCCAUCUCCUGCUGCUGCUACAUACGGCCUCAGAAAAAUUGCCCAGAUGACAGAGCAAUCUCAUGGCAGAGAUGUCAAAGAUUUCAUAGACAACAAUUUCUAUGUGGAUGAUGGUUUAGCCUCCUUGCCGUCUACUGAAGAAGCAGUCAGCUUAAUGAAAAGAACACAGGAAGCUCUAUCCACAGGAGGUAAAGUUAGACUCCACAAGAUAGCAUCCAACGACAAGAGGGUACUGAAUGCUUUUCCAGAAGAAGAUCUGGAGAAAAACUUAAAAACUUUAGACCUGUCAGAAGACAACUUGCCUACACAGAGAAGUCUUGGACUUAGUUGGGACUUGGAAAAUGACUGUUUUGUUUUCCAAGUCGCUGAUCAGAAGAAACCCCUGACGAAGAGAGGUGUAUUGUCGACAGUCAACAGUCUCUACGAUCCUCUCGGAUUCUUGGCACCAGUGACGCUUGGAGGAAGGCUGUUGCUUCGCAAAGUAACUGAUGAAGUCGAUGGCUGGGAUGAACCUCUACCAGAAAACUUGAAGACCAAAUGGGAAACUUGGGUACAAUCGCUGAGUGAGCUUACAACUGUUUCAAUUCCUAGAACAUAUUUCCGACCGGAAGUGUCGGGGCAAGCAGAAAGAGAACUUCAUGUGUUUUGCGAUGCAUCGGAAAAGGCCAUAGCUGCAGUCGCAUUCUUGAAAACGACAGAUGAAGCUGGCAAGAAACAUAUCGGGUUCGUCCUCGGCAAAUCUAAGGUUGCCCCAAAGCACGGUCACACAAUUCCACGCCUAGAGCUUUGCGCAGCAGUACUGGGAGUCACAGUAGCUGAAAUAGUCUCAGAAGAAUUGGCGUUGCCUAAUCAGGAAAUAAAGUACCAUACUGACAGCAAGGUUGUGCUCGGUUAUUUGCAGAACAAGAGUCGAAGAUUUUACAUAUAUGUUGAGAACAGAGUCAGCCGAAUUCUACAGUUUUCAACAUCGGACCAAUGGCACUACAUUGCUACCGAGAAGAAUCCAGCUGAUUACGGAACCAGGUUUCAGACUCCAAACAUGCUGCCAGGGUGUCCUUGGAUCACGGGACAAAGUGUGAAAGAUAUCUGCACUAAUGACCUACCCAGUGAACAGUUUUCAUUAGUGAAUCCAGAUAGCGACAAUGAAGUGAGACCCCAAGCUCAAGUGUGCAAAACUGUCAUUGAAGGAAGUACAAUGAUUGGAACCAAACGUUUUGAGAAGUUCUCAGAUUGGCAAAAGCUAGUAAAUGCCAUUUCUCUCCUUAUGCAUGUUGGAAAAGCCUUAAAAUCUAAAACUGCAGAAAGUUCCUGCCAAGGUUGGCACCUUUGUAAAUGGUAUAAAACAGUAAAAUCUCACAAUGAAGCCAAGAAUUUUAUCAUAAAGCAGUUUCAACAUGAAGCAUACAGUAAAGAGAUACUGUGUUUGAGAGACGGGAAACCACUACCACGGGAUAGCAGCAUCUCGACAUUGUCUCCUUACUUAGACGAAGAUGGCAUCUUGAGAGUCGGUGGAAGACUGAAGAAUGCAGACCUUCCUCAGCAUGAGAAGAAACCAGUUCUUAUACCGGGACAUUGCCACCUAGCAACAUUGCUUGUGCGACAUUAUCAUCAAACGGUAUUUCAUCAAGGCCGACACUUUACGGAAGGUGCGGUGAGGGCUGCGGGAUAUUGGAUCAUUGGUGGCAAAAGACUAAUCAAUUUCACCAUUCACAAGUGUGUAAAAUGCAGAAGGUUACGCGGACAGUUGUCACACCAGAUGAUGUCAGACUUACCCGCAGAUAGAGUUACCCCAUCGCCUCCUUUCAGUUUUGUGGGCAUCGAUGUCUUCGGUCCAUGGCAUAUAGUUACUCGUCAAACCAGAGGCGGUGCUGCAACAUCCAAACGGUGGGCAGUGUUGUUCAUAUGUCAGACAACUAGAGCAAUACAUUUGGAGCUCAUCGAAGAAAUGAGUAGUUCUUGCUUUAUCAAUGCUUUGAGAAGAUUUUCCGCAAUUAGAGGCAAGGUAAAGGAGUUCAGGUCCGAUCGCGGAACCAACUUUGUGGGCUCGACAGAUGAACUUAAAAUCGACGCCAUCUGUGUCGAAAAUGAUCCAGUGCAUCAGCAUUUGUACAACUCUGGGACUGUAUGGAGAUUCAAUACCCCACAUUCGUCACACAUGGGGGGCUCGUGGGAACGUUUGAUUGGAGUGACAAGGCGUGUAUUAGAUUCCGUUCUGAUGGACAAUAAAGGCAGGAAUCUUUCCCAUGAAAUACUCUCGACAUUUAUGGCUGAAGUCAUGGCGAUAGUCAACGCUCGUCCCCUGGUACCAGUGUCGUCAGACCCAGAUGCACCAUUUAUUCUUACUCCUGCGACACUUCUCACUCAGAAGACUGACAGUGCUGUAGAGUCAUUCAAACAUGUAGGAGUGAAAGAUGCCUACCGUGCCCAAUGGAAGCAUGUCCAGUUCCUUUCUGACAUUUUUUGGAGUCGGUGGCGAUGCGAGUAUCUACAGACGAUCCAGGAGCGACAGAAGUGGAAAUCCAGUGUAGUUAACAUUUGCAGCGGCGACGUCGUGCUACUUAGAGAUAAAACUGUUUCGCGUAAUGAAUGGCCUCUGGGCGUAGUGAUUCGUACAUUCCCAAGUGACGAUGGCUUAGUUCGUAAAACAGAAAUUCGCGUUGUGGUUGAUGGAAAACCAGUGAAUUAUAUCAGACCAGUAACUGAAAUUGUUAAGCUUCUGUGAACAUGACUGAACUUCACAGUUUGCGCUUCACACAGUUCGCUUCUCGCAGUCGGCUUUGCGCGAUUAUUAGAGAUGAACAAUUAUGAUGUUUAUUGCAGAGAUAAUUGAUAAAUAGUUUAAAUAAGAGGUUUAUAUAGUGAUAUAUCUGUACAAUUUAUCAGGCAGGGAGUGUGAUGUCACAGCUUGAGAAAUGUAACCGCAAAGUCCGUUUCUGUUAUUUACUUGUCCGCGUUUUAGUCAGUAGUUUUUGACAAGAGUUAUCUUUCGUAACCUACUGGCAUGUGCGCAGUGCAAAAUUACUUUCAACUUCUUUCCUAGGCAUCUUCGUGGCCCCAUGGUGUAAGUCUUAAAUAUAUUUCAUAGCUUAGUAAAGAAUACUGUUUAAUCUUUGUUUCUAGACAUAAAUGUGCAAUGAUGAUGCAUUAUAUCUACUUCAAAAUGUAAACUUGAAUCUCAAGCUUUGAGGCCAUGCUUGUUGUUGUGCAGAAUUCUUCAUGUAAAUUUACUUGUAGUCAAAUAUUACCGGUUGUUGUUCAGUAAUGGUCAACAUGUUGAUGUUUAAAAGUUGAAACACUAUUUAAACUGUGUCUCUCGUGAGAUGUUUAGUAAAUCUUUUAAUUCGGUGUAUUUCUUGAGAAGCUUGAUAUUCAAGGGAGAUAGUACUUGCUUAACCCUGUCCGUGGGAUUUGGUCUUGCAGAAGUUGCCUCCCUUGCAUCGUUAUUAACCAUCUAGCUUUAUUAUUUGUAUUUAAACAGAUCUUGUAAUGGGAUUUACUUGUAAUUUGAGUAAAGAUUAUUUGAUCUGUUGUUCUUAGCCCUUAAUGUGUUAGAUUAUUGUUUAGUAUGAUGUUCAUUUACAAUUAACAGUAAAUGGAUUUAAUAUUGAAUAGAAAGUAGUAGAUGAUGCUUUUGCAGUGUGCUGUGGAUUUAUGUUGUAAACAGGAUAGAUCUCAGUUUAGUGUUCAUUUAAUACUAGAAUAUGGGAUCUCAUCUGUUCACUUAUAACAUUUAGACGGUUAUUACUUAUUCUAACACAGUGGGGGCUAACGGCAGCACAUUUCCAUUUUCUUUUACCUGAGUGGUAAUUCCAGUGUUUGUAUUUUCAGCUUUUUACUAUAUGAAUAAAGACUAUCUGUGGAA